AAAAAACAGGUGACGAAGUGCCUGUUCCACAAGUAUGGUCCGAGUGGGUCCAUCCAGCAACACGACGCGCUCUGCGUUAUGGCGCUCAACAUCAUCCACGAGAAGAUUUACACCAUUCUCUGGUUCUGGUUCCUCUUUCUGUUCAUCGCUUCUUUACUCGCUGUAAUCUGGCGUGUGAUAUCGUUCUUCAUGUACCGACGUUCUCUGAAGUUCAACCAGAUGGUGUUCCGGCAAGUCUCCGCGGGCAAGUUCGACGCGCACAACGUGCUGCACGUCGUCAACGGCUGCCAGUUCGCUGACUGGCUCUUCCUCUAUUACCUCGCUAAGAAUAUGAAGACAUCUGUGUUCCAGUUA